AUGUUCUUCGACUUCACCGACGAGGGCGCAGGCACCGGCGUAGUCAUCCGGCCCGACGGCUACAUAGUGACCAACUUCCACGUAAUACAGGGCGCGAACGACAUACAGGUAACGCUCUCCAACGGCAAGACUUACGACGCCAAGAUAGUGGGACACGACAUCAUCACCGACCUUGCGGUUGUCAAGAUUGACGACGAGAAUCUCGCCACCAUCACAAUGGGCGAUUCAGAUGCCAUACAUGUCGGCGACUGGGUGGUUGCUCUCGGCAACGCAUUGGCGCUGAAGGGCGGUCCCACGGUCACACUGGGCAUCGUCAGCGCGCGCGGCCGCACCCUCAGCACCGAGCGCGGCGACCUGUACGAUCUCAUACAGACGGAUGCCGCCAUCAACGACGGCAACAGCGGCGGUCCCCUCAUAAACCUUCGGGGCGAAGUCGUGGGCAUCAACACCGCCAUAAUACGCCGCGCCCAAGGCAUAGGAUUCGCCAUCAGUUCCACCGCCGCAAAGCCGAUAAUCCAAAGCCUCAUUGAGCACGGACGAGUCGUCAGGCCCCUUAUUGGACUCACGGGAGCGGAUGUUACCCCAGCCCGCGCCAACCAACUCGGACUCAAUGUUGACGAGGGCAUAAUCGUCACCCGCAUGACGCUCGACGGUCCCGCCUACGUCGGGCGGCAUCCGCGUGGGCGAUGUCAUCACAAAGCUCAACGACAUCCCCACCUCUGA